UUAAGUUAAAUUAUGAGAUCUCAUCGUAAAAAGAUCAAAGUCAAAAAUAACACUUAUGAGCAUUAGAAUUAAUUGUCAAUUAGACAAAAAUAAACAUCAAUAAAUCUAAAAAUACCAGAGCAGAGUUUAAAGAAAGUAAGAUUUAGACUUUAAAUGAGCCCCCCCCCCUCAGGCAGUCUCCUCCCUGAUUGGCUACGUGCAGCGAGUGAAGCACGUGGACUCCGUGUGUGUUUUGUGGCCACGAGAGAAAAAUGUGCAGCAAGUUUAGGAGAGAGGAGCACGAGACCAGAGCGGCCGGAUCAAAGACCAGACCGCCGCCAUGAGUGACAGACAGUAAAGUGCUCUGAGCCCACCAUGCCCAUCGACAUGGCUCUGCCUAUGUUCCUGUCCAAGGAGGAGUUUGUCUACAGGACGUCUCCUAAAACAUGUAAACCUGCUCUGAACUCCUGCCUGAGGUUCCAACGCUCCCGCUGUGUGGAGCAGACCGACCCCGAGGACGGACGGGCCUCCAGGAGGGACUCGAAGAAAGUCAAGAAGCAGGUGACGUUUGCCGACCACCGAGGUUUGUCUUUGACCAAAGUGAAGAUGUUCUCUCAGUUCGACGACCCCAUCGAGAUCCCUCUGAACAUCCAGGAGAUGCUCAGCUCCGCUCUGUCUCUGACGGCCGAGGAGGACCGACUGGUGCUGGACUUCACUCAGCCCUCCUCGGACUACCUGCACUUCCGUCAGAGUCUGGAGAGGAACUUUGUGUGUCUGGAGCACUGCGUGUUGAAGGAGAAAGCUCUGGCGGGAACCGUCAAAGUCAAGAACGUGUCCUUUGAGAAGUCCGUGAAGCUGCGGGUGACGUUCGACGGCUGGAAGAGCCACAGCGACGUGGACUGUGAGUACCUGAAGGACUCGUAUCCCAGCUCCUACAGCGACACCUUCUCCUUCAGCGCCUCCCUGCCGGAUCAGCUGGAGUCUCACCAGCGGGUGGAGUUCGCCGUCUGUUACGAGGUCGGCGGACGGGAGUACUGGGACAGCAACCAGGGCGGCAACUACCGCAUCGUCUGGUCCUCCUCCAGAUGGAGCCGGCCCGACGCCUGCAGCCGCCACAGGGACUCCUUUGACUUUGGGAUUCACUUUGACCGGUACGGCAGCCCCAUCUGCUCACACGGGAUCCUCCCUGAUUGGCCGAGUUACGCCAGGUACGAGAACACGGGCCCGUACUACUGAACAGGAAGCGCCAACGUUCCAGGUGUUUGAAUCACAAGAGCUUCUUCACACACUUUGAAAAAGUUUGCUCAAUGCAAAAUGUGGAUGAGCCAUAGGAUCAUUUUCUCUGUGUAAAGGGUUACCUGGGUUACCUGGGUUACCUGGGUUACCUUUACGGGUAAAUGCCACGUCUUCCUCCACCUGCAGCAAAGUGUUUUCAUCAUCGAUUCGUCUUCUGAUUAUUGUUCUUGGUCUAUUGAACAUCAUUAGAGUCAUUAAGUCUUCAGGAGUAUUUUUCUGAUCCAGAGGUUCAGUUCUUUGUUUUAAGAAACAACUCAAACCAUGAAUUGAUUACUAAAGUUAAUAUUCAGUCUUUGAACGCCUCACGGUCUCCAGCAGAGCUUCAGUUUCUCAACAUCGCUCAGCUGAAGUUUAUCUAUGAAGCAACGCUUUUCCACACAGUUACAACAUCUGCUAAAACAAAGUCUGUCGGCCGGGUUGGAAUCAAAUGUGAUAUCCACGUUAAUUAUUAUUUUAAUAAUCGAGCUGGUUUUAACGAUCGUUUGAUGUGGAGGUAACAUGUUAUUGAUAUGAAUGAAUUAUUAUAAAUGUUUCACUGCAGCGCCUCAACUUGAACCUUUUAUGUGUGUUUGAACACCAGAGAAAUCACUUUAGUUAUUAAUCUGUAUGCACAUGUUCACAUCAGUGUUUAGGGGAUCUAAUGUCUGAAUGAGUCAAUAAAGUCAAACAUUUUAAGUUCUUGUUUUAAAGUUAUUAAAUGUUGAUUCAAAAAAGAUAAAAUAUUUUUAAGAAUUUUGGCUUACAAUGAGACUGAAUUUAAAAAAAAGAUGAAUCAAUGAUUUUAAAAAAGAUAUCAGUUGAUAUUACAAAUAUUUAUGCUGUGAUGUCAGAAAAGUAAAGGUUUUAAAACCUGAUAUUAAGGUUUGCUAACCCCCAGUGUCUGAUAGAACACUGACCUGCUCCUGAACGCUGUAGUAUUUAAUAAGUGCAAUAAAAACAAUUCUAUCAGAUGUGAUCAAAGAACUCGCCCACUGAUAAAUCCUGAUUGGUGCACAGAACUGUUUGAGUCCCGCCCACUUUCUCU